AUGCCAAAGUACCACAUAUUCGAGUCGUGGAUAGCAACCGGAAAAGAAAUUCAUACAGUGAAACCUCCUGACACGCUACGUUUAACUCGAGAAAACACUUUUACAUACGCAGCACCAAGGACGAUUGCUGUAGGAGGAAUAUAUUCACAAGCAGAGGUAGAGGCAAUGGCAAAUCAAUUAAUGUUUCCGGUAGAACGGCAGGCAGUGGAAAACACAAUAAUCAAAGUAGCCAUGGGCCAACAUCCCCAAAUGGACAAUGUCAAAGUAGAUCAACUAAUAACCGACGAGCAUAUAGAAUCGCUAAAAUCACGGAUCAUGUCAACUGUUUGGGAAGGAUUCAUCAAGCUAGGAACAAUAUCAGCAGAAAUCCUAGGAAUAAUCACGAUCCUCAAAUUCCUAACUUGGAUCUUGGAAAUAGCAUUUAACUCCAAAAUAAAAUACGACCUCUAUGGAGCAGGAUUCAAAAAUGCUUGCGGCAUUAUCCAACAGCGGGACGGCCUACAUGAUGCAUAA